AUUGGAACUUUCGUUAGUUCAACUAAAAUACUUUAGUUCAAAGCUUCAUUUUUAAGAUAUGUUAAUUAAAUUAAAUUCAAUCCGUCAUCAUGCCUAGAGAUAAAGUGACAAAGCAGAUGCAAGAAGAAAAUGAAAAAAAAAUGGAACAGAAAUUAAAAGAAACCAAAGACAAUGAGACGAAGAUUUUGGAGCAACGAGCAGCUGUACGACAACUGUCCCGGGUGCCAGGCAGCUGUCCAGUCGGCAAGUGCAACGAGAUCGUGUUCCCGUCAAACUUGAUGAUGCACAUGCUGCACAAGCAUGUGAACGCUGUUGGAACCACCAGCUCAGAGAUCUACGAGCACAAGCCUCUUAUAAUGAGCUUCGAUCCCAGUAAUUUUGAUUUUUGUGUUAACGACUGCUUGGCCACACUCAUGUAUGGCGGAGUGAAAGGACAAAUCGCGACGCAGCCGGGACAUAGCUAUCUGAGCAAUCCCAACUCCGCCCUGAUUAACGAACAUCAUCGAUUCGAUAACUAUCUGCCCAUAAUGCUGAUGGUUUGCCGCACCACCUGGUAUGCCCAGCUCAAAGAUAAGCAUCUGGAAACCCAGCUGGCCUCCAUAAAUGCAAGCAAGUCCGGCAUCUACGUAUUUUGGCUAGUCGCACCGAAGACAACGCGAAAACUCUACUACACACUCACCAUCUAUGAUCGUUACUAUCUGAAUUCUCGUAGUGUUAUUCGUGUGGUGCGCGACUAUACUCAGUCUCAGAAUCCCAGCGAGUUCCUGCCAAGCGAGGACAACUAUCUGCUGCUACGUGACUCGGAGGUGAAGAACUUUAUGAGCAUGAGCAAAUCGGCGUCAACAUCGUACCCCAAGCUUGGCAUACCCAUUGAGCUCAUCAUCUAUGAGGACCCCAAAAAUCCCCCAAUGCGGCAUAGCAGUCAGAAGGAGUUGCAUGCGGCACUUAAACAGGUUCAAGACGUCUACAUCAUGGACAGUGUGCCACGGAUGAGGGGAGCCAAGAGUUGCGCCAACUCGACCAAAAAUGCGCGAGCCAAAAAACCAGUUCUCAAAUCGACCAGUUCGUCAACGGAGUCUCCCAUUAGCCAUAGUUCGAUCAUUUCAGAUUGAUAUUAAACUAUGUGAACUUAAUUUAAUCUAUGCUAUCUAAAAUAUCUCGCAUUCCAGUUUUCCAAAUUCCAAAAGGAAAUAUAUAAAUAGCAUUCGAAUAAACGUGUACAACAUGCA